GCGAGUGAUAAACAGUUACACGUAGCAAGAAAUAAGUAGGAUCAUAGGAAUAUACAGUACUAUAAAUAUACUAUUACAGCAAUGAGCUGGUGUUGCUUAUUGUCAAGUUAUUCUUUCUUUGGCUUUGUAUUGCUGUGCCUGUAUCUUUUAAUUAAAUCCUACCGAUUUAAGCAGAAAUUAGCGAGUUUUAAAGACAGAUAUGUACUAAUAACCGGAUGCGACACAGGAUUCGGACACAAACUAGCAAAACGCUUAGACGUGCUGGGUUUUAAAGUUUUUGCAGCGUGUUUCACACAGAAUGGAGUGGAAGAAUUAUCAUCAACCUGCUCUAAGAACGUCACUCCAAUUCGAAUGGACGUUACGAACGAUGACAGUAUAAACAAGGCGGUGGAAGAAGUGACGAACCUCUUACCUGAUGAUAAGGGCUUAUGGGCGGUGGUAAACAACGCGGGAGUCUUGGGAACCACAUCGGGUCCAACGUUCUGGGCUACACGGGCCGAUUACGACAACGUCCUCGCCGUCAAUCUGUACGGGGUGGUACUGGUCACCAACGCCUUCAUGCCGCUCAUUAUGAAGGAGAAGGGAAGGGUGGUGAACACGUCCAGCAUCGCCGGGAGGUUCGCUUUCGCGAACGCGCCGUACGCAGUGUCCAAAUAUGGCGUCGAGGCGUUCUCGGAUAACUUGAGGAGGGACGUAUACAAGACGGGAGUGACUGUCCACAUGUUGGAGCCUGGCUUCCACAAGACGCCCCUCUUAAACAUUGAGACUCAGAAGAAGAGAAUCGAGCAGAAACUGAAAACACUGCCAGAGGUCUGGAAGAAAGACUUGCCAUCAGACAUUGCGGAUAUAAUGUCCAAGCGAUUCUCUGGCUUUAUUGACAAGGUAGGCAGCAGUAACCUUGACCUCGUUGUUGGCGCAUACGAACACGCCGUCACUGCAAAGCACCCUAAAUACAGAUAUGUGGUAGGCUGGGAUGCCAACUACUUCUUCCGCCCUCUUUGGAUGUUGCCAGAAUGGCUCAGCGACUUCAUUUUGUCCAGGCUUUAAACAACAAGUGGUUAUAAAUUAUCUUGCGUAUUUGACGCGAUACCGGAACAAAAAAUACGGUUCUUAUGUAUUGCAAUUGACGACAUUUCAUUCCAAAACUGGCCGCAUACGGACCCAAAGUCGGCUAAUACAUAUAUCUGCCGUUUUGAUUGGCUACUAAACUCGCCAAAUACGGGAUUCGGGAAAUGAAACAUUUUCAUUUGACUGUCGCAACUCGCCUUUAUAUGUGAUUGCUAAGCAAUAUUAAAAUUGAUUUAUUUUAUUUUCGUUUUAAAGUUACUGUUUUUGAAAACUAAUAUGGAUUUACUAUUACAUACAUAUUGAUAAGUAUGUCCAUGUUAGCCUAUUAAAUACUUAAACCACUU